CAACAUCCGCCCAUAUAAGAAGGUUUAAGGCCACGAUCAAUGCCAGUCGAGAGCAGAUGCGCGUGCGCAUACGACGCUAAAAUUUAAAGAUUAUCUUAUAUAUUAAUUUUUAUAUACUGUCACUAUGACGUCAGCCGUGAUUAAGUUUAGUGCCGUAUUAAUGCUGGCUGGAGUCGUUUUGGCGGAUAUUGGUCUGAAACCAGUCACAGAAGUAUGUCUUGGAUGUAUUUGCCACGCAAUAUCAGGAUGCAAGCAAGGAACGCUGUGUGAAGGCGAUGCCUGUGGCCUGUUCCACAUCACCUGGGCAUACUGGGCCGACGCUGGGAAACCCGUACUUCCAGGAACCUCACCCGACUCUCCCACGGCUUAUCCAGACUGCACAAACAAUCCCUACUGUGCAGCUGAGGCCGUUCAGAAUUACAUGAGGAAAUUCGGCCAGGAUUGCAAUGGCGAUGGUGUCGUGAAUUGCUAUGAUUAUAUGGCAAUCCACAAGAAAGGAGGUUACGGGUGUGCCGGUGACCUACCUUUUAAGUACGUCAACGAUUUCAACCAGUGCGUAGCAACUGUAGCUGCAGCGCAAGGCUAAGACACAGGAUUUAGCUUUAAAAAUGUCUUUUGCUCAAAAAAUCUUUAACUAUUUAUGAAUAAAUAUAUUAUAAUUA